AUGUCGCAUGGGAAGGUGAUGCCUUGCUCCCGCUCGCUCCAGGACACGCGCUCCAGGCAUGUAUUCCAUUACGUGGUGACCCCUGACAGCAUCCCGCAGUUUGUUAUCCCCUCUUUGGAGAGCCACAAAAAGCCCAGGCGCUUCAUCGAGGAGAAGCGGCAGCCUGAGGAGAGAGCCUGGAGGAGCAGCUCAGACACCAUCGUGGAGAGAGCACUCAGCCAGCCUGGCUCCGUCCUGUCCUGCUCUGACGCUGAGCUCGCUGCCACAGUGGAGGCCAUCGCAGACCCCGUUACCCGGGCAGCCCUGUCCCUGCCUCAUCUCCCCAAGAUUGCCACCCCCUAUGGUUUUGUCAGCCUUGGGGAGAGCCCACAGGUCACCAGUGAAGAGGCUUUGUUUUUUCACUCGGGCUUCAGUUAUCCUCUGUGUCCUGCUGCGAGGAUACGUUCUGCCUCCCAGGAGAAGCCUGCAAGCUGCAGACAUCCUGAGUUGCCUAUUGCUGGUGGAGAUGGUUGCUCCCAGAUGGGUGGAGACCUGAGAGACUGCAAGCAGACAGGUCCCCAUGCCAUCAGUCACCAGGAUGGCAAAGGAAGCCAUGAGCCAAGAGGGAUUCCCAUGCCCAGGAGACAUGCUAGACCACUAAGUAAUAUCCAGAUAAUAGAUGUGGUGGAAAGCAAGGAGGCAGAGAAGACUGAGAGGAAGCAGAAGACUCAGUUCCUGGAGGUGGCCUGUCAGAGGAGCAGCUCCAGCCUGGAGUUGCCUGCUGGGAAACCCAGAAAGAAUUUGUUGCCGAAGAUCCUCAAGAGGCACUUCACCCAUUUUCGGCAGCUCAAACCUACGGAUUUCACUUUCCAUUGA